UUUGAUUUUUCUUAUAUUUUGUGUUUGUGAUGAAUUAAACGGUGGAAUUCCAUCAUGGCCGUCAUUACCGGGAUUAACUAAUCAGGCAAUGAUAAAAAGAUUAAUGAAAUUUUACACAUUACGAUCAAAGUCUGAACGCAGUGAACUAUGUGAAAAACAAAGUAAAUUAUUAUAUGAAGGUUUAGAGAAGCAAGAGCUAUGGGCUAGCCGAAUUGUGGAUUCAUCAGCUAAAUUGCAAAAUGGAAUUACAAAAGGUCACUCAUCUGAUGUUGGAUAUUUUGAUGAAUGUAUCAAAGUUCAGCAUGAAAACAUCAAAGGAAAAUAUUGUUUGACAAGUACAAAAUCUAAUGAAACCUUCAAUCUACAAAAAUUAAAUGAAGUUCGAAAACUAGCAGAAAUUCGACCAUUUGGAGCUAACGUUAUGGAUACAAUACUAAGAGAAGAAGUAUUAGGUUUCUGGGCAAUUUGUGUGCCUGAUGGAUGCACCAGCAAGGAAGUGCAGGAUCAUUUAAAUACUUUUACUGGUAUCGACAACUUCUUUGUUCCGGAGUCUGGAUGCCAUACAAUAGAUACAUACAAAUCGAAAUUACACGUGGGAGAUUGGAUUGUCAUAGCGGGUUUAAUAACUUUGGGUGUAGUUAUAAUUUUAAGUACAGCUUACGAUCUGUGUUUAUACUACACAAAAACAGAAAAUGCUCAUCCAAUAUUAAUUGCGUUUUCAUGGUUUACAAAUUUUCAAAAAAUUACAACAGUGAAUAAUAAUCCUGAUAUGCUACCUUGCUUAAAUGGGAUCAGAUUUAUAAGCAUGCUAUGGGUUGUAAUUGGACAUCAAUAUGAGGGAUCACAAACACCUUUAUGUGUAAACCCACUUGAUUUAUUCGUGGAUUGGCAAUAUAGAAUGUCUUCGAUGUUAAUCAUUGGAGCUACUGUGUCGGUGGACAGUUUUUUUCUUUUAAGUGGAUGUCUUUUGAUGUAUAGCUUCCUAAAAAUGAUGUCAAAAAAAGUUCCAUUUAAUGUGCCUUUGUUUUAUUUACAUCGUUAUUUAAGAUUAACACCUGCAUAUGCAGCUGUAAUUGUUCUUUUAGUAACAGUUUAUCGUUUUAUGGGUUCGGGGCCAUUUUGGGAUCCUGAAGCAAGUAAUGAACGUUGCAAAACCGCAUGGUGGUCCUCUUUAUUGUAUAUUCAGAAUUAUGUAGACAUUUUCGAUCAGUGUAUUGGACCAACAUGGUAUCUUCAAAUUGAUAUGCAAUUGUAUAUAUUGUCACCAUUGCUGCUAAUACCAAUAAAGAAAUGGCCAAAAAUUACUGUCUAUUUGCUUUCUACCUUGGUGCUUAUUUUUAUUGUAAUUCCUACAGUCUUUGCAUGGCACUAUAAAUUGGCGGCCUACUUGUUUUCAACAGCCGAAGGUAAUGGAAACGUCGAGCAUUUUAACACAUAUUACAGAAGUACAUAUACCAGAGCUGGUCCAUGGAUUUUAGGAUUGUUGCUUGGACAUUUCUUAUUUAAUUUGAAGGAAAAGAAAAAUAUUUUACCCUUAGAUAGAAUUUUCGUUACAAUAUUUUGGGCAUUAUCCCUUGCCACAAUGUUAUAUAUCGUAUUUGGUAUUCAUCCAACCAUAUCACCAGACUACGAAUAUGAUCGUUUAUUUAAUGCAUUAUUCAUGGGAUUACACCGCGUUUUAUGGGCUGCAGCAUUGUCUUGGAUAAUAUUUGCGUGUGUUUUUGGAUAUGGUGGUCCAGUAAAUUGGUUUCUAUCAUUGCCAAUAUUCCAAAUUUUAUCUAGAUUAACGUAUUCACUGUACCUGGUACAUGGACCUAUGUUGAGUAUACGUGAAGGAUCGUACCAAAUGCCAUAUAUAUUUUCAGAUAUUGAAAUGUGGUACAAAUUUUGUGGUACAAUAAUAAAUUCCUUGAUAGUUGCAUUAAUAUGGACGUUGACUUUUGAAUCACCAUUUAUUGUUUUAGAUACGUUACUAAUGAAAUUUCUUUCAGGAUCCAAAAAAAAAGUCACACCUGUAAGCACAGAGAACGCCAAAGAUCUAUCAACCGUACAAGACGCUUAA